CUGGAGCACAUCCGUGGAGAAUGGUGUCCCAGAGGAAGCUGUGAAAUUCCCCACCAACAAAUCGUUAUUUUGAGAGAAGAAAUAUUAACCUAGCGUGCACCGGUCGAUUCAUCACUUUCAGUGCAAUUCUCCUGAAUGCUUACGAAAUCUUGCCAUUUCUUGAAAGCUUCGUGAAUAGAAUUCAGCAAUGCUGGUGGCCCUUGCCUUAAAUUCUAGAAAGAAUAUCAAGGGGCAUGAGAAAUGGCACAGCCAUCACAGAGUUCAUUCUCCUCGGCUUUCCUGGGAUCCACGGGCUCCAAGUCCCCAUCUUCACCGUGAUCUUUUGCAUCUACAUACUCACCCUGGCAGGCAAUGGGCUCAUUAUUGCCCUUGUCUGGGCUGAGCCCAGACUGCAAACUCCAAUGUACUUCUUCCUCUGCAACUUGUCCUUCCUAGAGAUCUGGUACACCACCACGGUCAUCCCUAAACUGCUGGAAACCCUUGUGGUGGCAAGAACAGCGAUCUGCCCCCCGUGCUGCCUGCUGCAGUCCUUCUUCCACUUCUUCCUGGGCACCACUGAGUUCUUCAUCCUCACCAGCAUGUCCUUUGACCGUUACCUGGCCAUCUGCAAGCCCCUUCGCUACCCCGCCAUCAUGACCAGCAGCCUCUGCCUGCAACUGGCCCUCAGCUCCUGGGCGGUGGGCUUUGCCAUUGUGUUUUGCCAGACGAUGCUGCUCAUCCAGUUGCCGUUCUGCGGCGACAAUGUCAUCAAUCAUUUCUACUGUGACGUGGGUCCCAUCUUGAAAGCAGCCUGUGGAGACACGAGCACUUUGGAGCUUCUAGGUCUCUUGGCAACCGUCCUGGUGAUCCCAGGGUCGCUGCUCUUCACUGUGAUUUCUUAUGCGUCCAUUCUGUCUACCAUCCUGAAGAUUCCUUCGGCCCCUGGCUGCCAGAAGGCUUUCUCUACCUGUGCCUCUCACCUGACAGUGGUCUCUCUGCUUUAUGGAGCCGUCGUGUUCAUGUACCUGAGACCCACCGCACACUCCUCCUUUAAGACAAAUAAGGUGGUGUCGGUGCUGAAUACUAUCCUCACGCCCCUUCUGAACCCCUUCAUUUACACCAUUAGGAACAAGGAGGUAAAAGAAGCCCUGACGAAAGCAAUGGCUUUUCCAAAGACUCAUCGUCAUGCAGAGUAAAACAGGCGACACAUCAAUAUCAACUUAAUUCAUGGACACAGACAACAGGGG